CAAAAAGCACUCUUUUCAUGUGUUGAGUGUUUGUUGUAUAAUUAAGAGCAUCGUAUUUCACGAUUAGAAUGUGAAUCUGGGUUGGCAAUAACAAGGCUACGCUUGCGUAUGUGUGUGGCAGAGGCUCUGAGCACACAGGUGAGGUGGUGGUGGUAGCGCCCGUCAGUGCUGCUCGGGCCGUCACGAGGACAGCAUUACGCGAGCUCCAGCAGAGCACCGCGCUCGAGUCCCAUCCCAGCAGCAUCAUUCCUCGCGCACCAGUGGCCCCUCAGUUUUGUCUGGGUAUUGACAGUGUGGUGAUGCAGGCGGUGGUGGAGGUGUGAGGCAGUCCUCUGGACCACGCGCGAGAAACAACAGGUGGAGGUCAUGUGAGGCGCAGCACUGUGGUGCCGCUCCAGUCACAUGUAGUGUUGGGUUAUUGCUUGCCCAGCCAAGAGUGUUACGGUAGUUAUCAAUACUGAAGGAGUUCUGAGGGGCCUGUUCUUGAGGUAACGACUUCAUAAAAGGGGUGGUAUAUGUUACAAGUUAGAUAUAUGCGUACAUAGAAUAAAUAGAUCAAUGAGUUGAGAAAUAAAACGUAGAAAAAGUUGGGUUAUCAGAUGCUAGGUUUAGUGUAUUUCCAGCACACAUACAGUACUAUUAAAACGUCACGGCUACUGGAAGAUAUGAAGUUCUGCUGAACUCAACGGGCAGAGCCUCGUGCAGGGCCCAGCGAAGUCCGUUCCCGAGACGGGUUGAAGGCAUAACGAAGAUAAAUUAAUACCACGAUGAGUUUUCUAAAUUCACUGCAGCAGGUGGUGGCGGGGGUGACCAGCAGCGUCACGAAUCUUUCGCUGUCACCGAAAAGAUUUCCUUUCGGACGUGAAAAUAGUACCGGCGGAUCGGAAGUCACCACAACCACGGCUCCUCAGCACCAGUCGCACCAUCAUCGCCCUGGAGGAUCACCCAACCCGCGGCUUGGCCCCAAGUUAGUGCCAACACCAGGGGCUGUUGGUGGGGCAUCUCCGCGUCCCCAGGGACGCUGCAAGAGUUUCAUGAACCACAUGAUGCAUCCGCCACCACCCAUGGUGCAGCAGCCAAGGCCCAAGAAGGAGCGAGAGAGGCGGCCCCUCCCUGUGCUGCAGUGUGGUGACCGGUACACCUUUUGGCCUGAAUACGAUCCCAGCCAGACCUGGGUGAGCGAGGUGGACGGCGCCUGGUUGGAGCAGUUCACCAGUCUGGGCUGGCGCCACAGUGAGGCCCUGAGAACACUGAAGGCACAGGGCCGACAGGGAUCCAGGGACACGGCGCCAGAGAUCCUCGCCUCCCUUAAGAAAAACGAGUUUCGUCUCUCCAAGAGUGAGAGUGAGUCACUGUACGUGGAGGUUUUAUACACAGUGUUCCACAAGGUAGGGGUGCAGCAACACGUCGGCGAGGACCUCACCAAGUAUGCCCAAGCUGCCUUCCACACAGAGCCCCAUGACCACCUCAGACUGCAAGCCGUGGCCCAGGAGGAGAAGCCUCCCAUUCUCGUGCUCAACCUGGUGGUGGUGGAGGCGGAGAACCUGGAGGCCAAGGACCCAAAUGGGUACAGCGAUCCUUUCUGCAUGAUGGGUAUUAUUCCUGAAGUGCAAGUGGGUCAUGCCGUGGCUGCAGGAUCAAGAGGAAGCAGCCGCCAGGGUAGCGUGGACGGUGAUAGCAGCGCUACGUCCCCGGACCCCGCCAAGUUGUCGUCCUCGGCACGCAUCAUAACGGGCACAGCCGCCAUAGGGUUCAGCGAUCCUUAUUGUAUGUUGGGCAUCCAGCCAGCCGUUCAGAGUGGACUACCGGGAUCUCCAAGAGACGUUUACAAUCUGGCACAGGGCUCGCCACCACCUGAUUCUCCAAGAAAUCGGCAUUUUAGUGGAGGAUCGCGGAGCUCGGUGGAGGUGGAAGCAGACAGUGACGGGGACAAGAGCAGCAGCUGUGAAAGCCCUAAGUCCUUUGCCAAGGAAAGUCUCCGGAAGCAUCACAGCUUCCGGUUGAGUUUUAAGCGGAGGCCGGCGGAACCCAAACGAGAGAAGCUGGAACACCGGGACUCCCUCAGUAAUGCAAUACCCGCCAAGAUCAUCCGUGCCACUUCUGUCAAGCCGCACACCCUCAACCCGCGCUGGAAUGAGAAGUUCAGGCUUGACAUCGACGACAUCAGUUUGGACAUCCUCCACCUGGAUAUAUGGGAUCAUGACGACGAGUCCAGCGUGUUCGAGGUGGUGAGCAAGCUGAACGAGGUCAAAGGAGUGAAAGGUUUGGGACGAUUCUUCAAACAAAUCGCCCAGUCAGCGCGGCAAGGGGGCGGUCAGGACGACUUCCUCGGUUGUGUCAACGUCCCACUGCAGGACAUCCCCAGCAUCGGCGUGGACAAGUGGUAUCCCCUGGAGGGACGCUCGCACAGGUCCAACAUCCAGGGCCAGAUUAACCUGAAGAUGUGGCUGUCGACGCGUGAAGACCGAGGUCGGUCGGAAGAAGAGGUAUGGGCGGAGGUGCGGGAACACGAUCAAAUUAUCACCAUAUUCCUCCUCCACGAGCUUAAUAAAUUUAAGGAGAAUACAGUCACGUGGGACGGGGAGCUGAGCACGGCCGCCCAAACCAUCCUUCACCAGCACGCCAUCCAAGGGGACUUGACGCAGCUGCAGCAGGCCAUGUGUCGCUGGAUGGCCGUGUCCCGCACCCACACCUCCAAGCCCGUGGACCCUCGCGUACUCCAUCGCUACCUCCUGGCCCUGCACGACUUAUGGGACACCGAGACACUCGGCAAAGAGGAAGAGGAGAUGCUGGCUGACUCUUACACGGGCUUCCUGGAAUACACCAUGACCGAGGUUCGCCGCCACAGAGAGGUGUUCCCCAUGCCCUCCAAGACCCACGCCAUCCGUCUCGAGGCUCUGCUCAAAUGCCUGUCACUCCUGGCUGAAAGUCGCUCUUACUGGAAAGUGUGUCCGUUUCACAAGGAGGUUCGCGGCGAGGUGAUGGCGGCACUCAAAAGGGGCGCCGUGGAGUGGUACGCUCAAGCUAGACUCAGGUACGACCGCCACAGGGAAGCCAGCCUGGCCACAGGGGGAGACAUUGCCUUGGAGUCCUUAGCCAAGCUCGCUCUUCACCUCACCCUGGAUCUCCAAGCCGGUGUGGACUACUACGACCACGCUUUCUCUAGCACCUCUCUCAAGAUUCCCUACGCGGCCAUCAACUACAAGAUCUUCGAGAAGCUGCUCUCAGAGGAUGCGCUCAAGGUGCUCACUGUCAUUCAGGUAGAUGAAGACAUCGAAAAUGAGAUCUGGCAGAUGUGUGCUCUGCUACGAGAUCUUGAGCUGAACAAGGAGACGCCGUACUAUAAUCCACACUGUUCCACAAGUCCCUUUCUGCUUUACUUAGCACUUGCUGAGUUCUCAAAGUUUCAGGAGCACGUGGCAGCUAGCGAGCGUCGUGCCCUGCUGCUAGGUUCUGUAUGGGGUCACUUCCUUCCUGCUGUCAGCCGCUGGGUUGAUGUAACGGCUUUCAGAGUUUUCUACCGCAUCCGAGUGGCCAUACUGACCGACCGAGUUGCCAAUACUGGCGAGCCCGUCCAGUACACUACCUCGGCAGUAGACACUACCUCCUGUUUCUACCAUGUCAAGACCUUCUGGCGCCACCUGGCCUGGCCUGAUCUGAGCACCUCCUACUCCCUCGUGGUCAGGAUGGUUGAGACUAUGUCAGGGGCAGCAGACUACUAUGUGCACCUGCUGCAGCAGCGCCUCAGCACUCUUGCCACAGACACAACUGACAUGGAACGAGCCCAGCAACUCUGCAUCACUGUCAACAACAUGGAGCAUGUUAGGCAUUCACUCACACUAUUACAAGAAGAGCUGCAGCUUGAUCACCUAACACAACAACUGGAUGCCCAGGAUGGCCAAGGUGGCACCACCUACGCUGACCACAUAGGUAGCCUUCUACUCGAGGCCCUCACAAAUCUGGACGCAAAGAUUGCCAACUCUAUGUCUCCCGUGGCAGAACAGAUUGGUGUGGAAUUGCAAAAGGAUGUUUUUCACCUGGCAUGGUCCCCAGACUCUCUGCCUGCAGAAGAAGCUGUCCGGCCACUGCUUGAACGCCUCUUUGCUUCACUCUCAACAUAUUCAGCUGCGCUUCUCAAGAACAAUCUGGAUCGCCUUUUGUACUUACUGUGGCUGGCUGUGCUCGGUGCUCUCCAUGAUCAAAUUGGCAAGGAUACUGAAGAGAAGCAGGUGACAUUUUUUGUGAGACUGUAUGAUGCGCUCGAGUUACUGCGAGCCUUCUUCUCCGCCCACGGCCGAGGUCUGGAUGACAACUCCCUUGCAGGACCGGAAUACAUGACCCUGGAGAGACAGCUGCGGCUCCACAAGACAACGACAGAGACCCUCAUCGAGACUUACCACAUGGAGCGGUUAAUGGAGCAGGAGCGUGUUGAGAGCCAAGAGUAUGGAUCGCUCUUUGUCAGAGCAUAUUUUAAUCAUGACUCUCUGUGUGUGGAGGUAUUGCAAGCCAGGAAUGUCAUCCCUCUUGACCCUAAUGGUUUCAGUGACCCGUUUGUGGUGAUUGAGCUGCUCCCACGACGUCUGUUUCCUGGAGCAGCGCAGCAGCAGACCAAUGUCCACAAGAAGACACUUCAUCCACUCUUCGAUGAAUGCUUUGAAUUCCCUGCCUCCCUGGAAAGCUGUCAGGCAGAGGGAGCCAUGAUCUUAUUCACAUUAAUGGAUCAUGACGUCAUCACCUGCAAUGAUUUUGGAGGUGAAGCCUUCUUGUCUUUGAAUACUAUAUCGGGUGUUGUGGCCUCCUCCUCCUCUGUUGAUAACUUCCAUGGCCUCAAACCCAUUGAGCUGAGCCUCAUGUUUCAGAAGGAUCCAGACAACUCCAUCUUGAAGGUGCUGGAGACAAGAACCAGCGACAAGGUGGCAUUGGAGUUUGUCAAAAAGCAAAAGGAGAGAAUUGCUCGGCCUACUUAGGACCUGAAGCAACACGUCUCUUCAUUCACCUCAAAAUGUCUUGUCACCCACUGUUCCUCUAUUUCCUGCCACUCGCUCAACUAUGCUGACCUCAUCGGGUCUACCUACUGCUCACACGUCUCAUCAUUCUCAUCACCUCUGCCAUGUUGUGAUGCAAUUUUUGUUUUCCUUAUAGAUUCUGUUCCUUUAGCACCCAUAAACAUAGGUAGAUAGAGAGAAGUCAACCAUACCACUGGAAACACAUGUCAGCCUGGAAAUGUGAUGAAUAGUAACUAUAUAAUACACAAUCAAACACACACACACACACACACACACACACACACACACACACACACACACACACACACACACACACACACACACACACACACACACACACACACACACACACAUAUUCCCCAGAGUCAAGUUCCAGAUGUCCAUUCAUAAGUUAUCAAUUUGUAAAAUAUUCUGUUUGUACUGUACCCUCUCAAAUUUUACCCCUGCUUUUCUUGCAGACCCAUUCCACUAAACUCUGAAAGUACUAUGAUAAAACUUGAGAUUUUGAAAACAUUGAAAAAAAACUUAUUCAUGGUAGCCUACAUAGACUCCCAUUGUGUGUGUGUGUGUUUUGUGCUCAUAUUUAGUGCACCAUUGCAAUGAGGCUGAGUGAUCUUGAUCAGGUGGCUCUGUUACUCCUGAGCCAGACUUCCAAUUUGUAUUUGUGGAUGUUCAUAACCCAAAUGCUCAUAA